UGACGACUAUUGAGGUUAGGAAAUCUGCCAGCUGCGAAAUACUGCAAUGCGACAUGCGUCGCGGUUACAUGCUUUAUAAUAGUUACAUGCGCAUAUGUUUUGAGUAUUUCUCGCUGUUUUAGAAUUUGUCAGACCGCGGUCACUGCGGUCCAAAACAAAAGCAAAAUAAGUUAGUGAAGCAAAGUAAAAAUUAAGAAAAAAGUGAAGAAUGCAGUGCCCGAAUCGUAAUAACUGUUGCUAUUUGUGUGGUUUACAUGUGCCGUCAAAAUAUUGGCUGAAUAUCGAAAGGCUUUGUGGAAGGUUUUGAAGUAAUUUGGUUGCCGUGAAGUGAACACUUUGUUGAUUCUUGUUAUUUUUGUCAAACGCAACGUACCUAUGGUUUUCAUUACAAUAUUCGCGAAAAAAUCAAUUAUUCCGAUGUGCCAACCAUAAUUCCGGCACGAUUGCAGUCUGCAGUUCAUCUAAAAGCUCCUCCACCAGAGGAGCAAAAAGAGCAAAAAGUCAUAUUUGAAGCGUAUGACAUGGAAUCAACAAAACUGUCUCAAAUGGAAUUAACAAGAUACAACAAACUAUCACGAGAUAUACGAGAGUUGGGUAGGAAGAUUAAGGAAGUCGAGCCUGAUCAUCCCUUUCGUAUUGAGCAAAGUGCCGUAUUGUUGGAGAAGCUGUAUAUGAUGGGCCUGAUUUCCACCAAAUGGGACUUGUCGCAAACACAGAAAGUAACCGCCAGUUGCUUCUGCAGACGAAGACUCCCAGUCAUUAUGGUGCGCAAUAAGAUGAGUCAGACAAUACCUAUGGCAACAAAAUUGAUAGAACAGGGUCAUGUCCGAGUUGGAGUAGAAGUUGUAAAAGAUCCAGCGUUUUUGGUAACAAGAAAUUUAGAGGACUUUGUAACAUGGGUAGACACAUCUGCUAUUAAGAAACAUGUACUAGAAUACAAUAACGAGAGGGAUGAUUUUGACAUAGUGUGAUCAACUGAAUUUUAUUUUUUUUUUGUACAAAAAAGACUGUUAAUAGGCAACAAUGUAUAAAAAAAUUGUUAAU